AAUGGUUUGAAACUCUUUUAGACUUUCGCGCUUCUAGGAUAUGCGGGAGCCCUGUGGAAUCUGAGUCACCAAUGCGCAGCACUAAUUAAAUCUCGUUCUUUUCUGCGCAUUUCGAACUUUCCAAUAUGGCUUCUUCCGACCAAAAUAUAGAACUUUUUAUAAAAAAUUUGGACAGUUCUACCCAUUCAACAGUGAAGAAAGCUUUAUUUUCCAUUACUAAGUUAACUAAACGUCAUAACUUAGUCAGUACAUUUAUAGAAAAUGGAGGUUUAAGAAAAAUUAUCAGGUUUCUUCAAACGACCAACUCGACAAUUGUUGACAUGUCGAUGAGCGCUGUUGCAAACUGUUGCAUGUUUGAUGAAAGCAGGAAAGAGGUGCGGAACAUAGAUGGAAUUAAACCAAUAGUCACUGUCUUGAAGAACUUGACAUCCACCAGUAUCCUUAAUAGGACAGCAAGAGCCUUAGCAAAUCUGGCAGAAGACGAAAAGAAUGCAAUCGUUAUUGAGGAACUUGGAGCUAUCGAGGAACUCACCAAACUUUUAACUGAUGCUUCUGACACAGAAUGUCAGGAAUCAGUGCUAAGGGCACUUCUCAAAAUAUGCACAACUCCAGAGAGAAAGAAGAUUGUCUACAAUACUGGAGGAGUUCAAACAAUGGUCAAACUUCUGAAAUCUGACAAAGAGAGCUUAAAACAUUGCUGCAUAAGGACUAUUUGCGAGUUCACAAAGUUUUGCUCCAAGGAAGUUGCACAAGCAGUUCAAGAGUAUGACGGAAUUAAACACAUAGUUGCACUCUCAAAGAGUGACAAACCGGUCAUACAACGUGCAGCUGUGCUGAGUAUUGCAAACCUGUCUGCUCAUGCACAAGUUAGAGUGUGCAUAGGGACUGAAGGAGGGAUCCAGGAACUAUUUCAGCUGGCAAAGCUAGAUGAGCCAGCCCAUAUCAAGGUCAAGAUGUUGGAGGGGCUUUGUUAUUGCUGCCGAGAGGCUGUGAAUAGGAACAAAGUGUUUGAGUGCGGAGCUCUAGAGCUGCUUAUGCAGCAGCUGCUAUCUUCACAGCAUCAUGUACUGCAUCGCAAAAUCAUAGCGGCAUUCUGUUGCUUUUACUACAACGAUCAUUGUCUGGAGUUUCUUCUCAAUGCCGGCAUCAUACCAGCUCUAGUUACACACUUGAACAAGAUAAUUUCUCACUGCAGGAGCACUGAUGAUCAUGGUGAUCACUCGGAACAUGAUUUUGUUUAUAAUCAUGCUGACUUCUCAUCUGAUUUUUCUAGCCCACCAAGUGCAAUCUUGGCUAUUGACACUUCUGGAGAUAUCUCAUUGAAUGAGUCAUUUCUUGAGGAGGCAGAGAAUCUCGCACUUCAAGUAAGAGACUCAACUGAUAGUAAUCGUUUGCUGACUUUCAAAAGAAAGCCAAGAACAAAGUCACAGAGUAGCACAUCACCAACUUCGGCUAAAGCCAUUGGCUUGUCACCAGGCAUGUUCAGCUUUUGUGAACUUGGGAGCUGCAGAGUAAUUGAAUCCGUCAGGAGCUCACUAACGAGUGUCAAUACCAGGACAACUGCAUUACAAUCAGCUCCCGUGGGCCUAGUGUGUUCUUCUGUUGUUGACAAUAGAGCUAAAAGUCAAGAAAUCUAUGAUGUAAGUUUUCAGUCUUCCACUUGUAUAUCAUUGAUUGAUGAAGAUCAUGUAAAUGUCACCACUCCAAUGGAAAUGGCUGAAGAGAAAGACUCACCAAGUGGUGCUAUUGUACAAAGUGCUUCAAAAUCCUCUGGGUUCACUGAAAGACUCCAGGAACAAAUGGGAUCCCCUGUCAAAGGCUUUGAACCUCCAUCACCUGCCACACCCAGAAAACACACCACACAAGAUGGCACCCAACAGAACCAUGGACCUGGCCACACUGCCUUAGGCUUACUGUCUCGCUUCUCUCAAAUGAAUGAUCAAACUAGUGUCUUUUCGCUGCUCACUAAACCAUGCAUUAAAUGUUUGCUUGAUUAUGUUAGCUUUGUAUCCAAACCAAGCCCAAAGUGUGCAAGACUUCUCUCACGGCUCACACGGGACCCCCAAUGUUUCGAAUUGCUGGUAACAAUGGGAAUACCAAGUGAUAUUCAUCAACAGUUAUUAUUGGGCUAUGUUGAUCCUCUUCAUCCUGAUAUAGAACCGUUUCAUGAUGAUGAUGCCGAGUCCCAAGAUGCAACAGGCUCUUCUCAAACUUCUCUGUGCAAAUCAGUGGGGCUUCAGUUGUUAGAGAACUUGUCUUCUUUGGCCCAGGUUCCAUAUGGCAAGGGGAUCCUGAUGCAUUUGCUGUCCAAAGGGUCUGGGACAGAUUGGCAAAAUUGUGUCCUCAGUCUGCCCUAUCUUUGCAGAUCAAAGUCUCUACAGCAGCAGGUUCUGUUAAACAGACAAGGACUGCAGAUGCUGGUCUCCCUCCUGCAGGACCCUCCAAGCAACAGAGUGUUUGUUGCUGCCAUUUACUCCUUGCUUGAACUCUGUUCACUUACUGAGCUGUCAAUAAAUGUUCCUGAUACGCACCCCUGUGAGCCAAAAGUUGAACUUGACUGUACUUUUACACUUAGCACUGAAACAAGGAAGAGAAAGCAUGUGUUUAAAAGUGGAGAUAGAACAGCAAAAAAAAGAAAGCUAGAAGAUAAUGAUCAUGAGAAGAUUAGCACACAGGUAAAAUGUCAUCAAGCAGAACACAAUUCUGACAGUGACUUUGAUGUUAAGUUUGAGUUGGAUAGCGGUCAUGUUAUUCCAGCACACAGAAAAGUCCUCCGUCAAGCCUCAGACAUGUUCUCAGCAAUGCUCUCCUCUUGUUACAAGGAAGGCACUCUAGAAGUUAUUCCCCUACAAGAUGUCACCAUGACAACACUGAAAUGUGUCAUUCACUAUGCAUAUGGUUGUCACUUACCUUGCGACGAGCGCUCAACUAUCUGUCCUGAACUCAAGAAUAUCUUCAGCUCUGUUAGUAACCCCGAAUCAAAAUUUGAGUUCCUUUUUGAGCUCUUAGCACUUGCUGAUAGGUUUCUGAUGUCAGAGCUCAAGGCCAACUGCGAGGAGCACCUUCAGCCACUUGUGACAGCCAGGAAUUGUUUGGCAACCUGUUAUUAUGGUCUUCACUAUCAUUCCUCUUCUUUGUGUAAUUUUGGGAUGCGUUACUUGCUAAGCCAAGUGUCUUGGCCACAGGGGCAGUGCCAGAUGCUCCAAGAACUGCUUCGCUCCAAAGAAAAGCAGAGACUGGUGGAAACAAUCUACCGUCUUUUGCUACAGCAGUUGAGGAGUGUUUGCUAGAAGUCACAAUAAACUAGACAGUUGUCUUGGAGAAAAGCAAUAAAGUGGAUUGGAAUAAAGUUGUAUUUUUUUGAGCGGGAAACAGCUACUUACCAAGGAUUUCAAAGGGAGUUCACAGUCAUUUAGAAAAAAAAGAUAUUGCAUUAUAGUCCAAAGAUAGGUGUGUACACGCCCUAUAUAAAGUGGGUUUGUUUAUUGAACAUCUUUGCCUUGGAAUGGGAAACAAUUUGCUUCUGCUUAAACAACCAAAUAAAAAUCUUAUAUGUAAAUUCCUUUUUUUAAAAUUUAUCAUAAAAAUAUAGCCCUUA